AUGACCUUCGAGCUCAUUCCUGAUGCUACUUCCCCACGUGAAGGCGAUGCCAAGCAACAAGAGGAGCCAUCAGUUGAGCCACCCGUGAUGAUUGUCUCAUCUGACAUGGACUGGCUCGUCCAGUGCCACCUGCGCAUUUUGCCAACCAUCGGGGGGCAUCUAUGGCGCAGGCCAAGACUCGACAGAGGAGUUGCUUCAUCUUCUCAGGAGACCUUGAAUGAAUACAGUGCAGAUGAGACCUUCAUGACGAUGUUGAAGCUCCUUUCGGCUUUCUACAACAUCUCCCUCUACAAUCGUGCCAUGAACUUCGAGGUAGAAAGCAGUUCGGUGGACGAGGAUUUCCAUUGCAAUGCCCUCACGGUGUUGCCGCGCAGCUUGGAAACAGAGGUGCCGGAGUGCAGCCUGGUGGGUGAUGGUGACUUCGAAGUGGAAGUGUCAGAGGGCGGCAUCCAAAUUCAGUUGACCCACAGGGCCACCUCGACGCGGCCUGCGCGCUUUUGCCACCCCAAAGGGCGGUCUGCACAGCUGAAAGUGUACCUGCAGCUGGGAGAGGUGGCUAUGGCACCCAAGAAAGUCUGCGAGGUGCUCCUUCCCAUGGCAGCUCCUGAAGGGCACUUGCAGCUGCAGGCACUGCCCUUUGGGCUUCAAGGUCCUGUGGGCUCCCACAUUUGGCCGUGUGCCCAGCUCUGCGCGGCCUACCUUCGCCGCCGCUUUGCCUACGGUGAGGCCUGGGCUGCACGUACAUUGGAUUUGGGCAGCGGCUGUGGGGUUAGUGGCUUGGUGGCCGCCGCACAUGGCGCAAAGGUGACCUUCUCUGACUGUGACCCUCGGGUUUUGCCGCUCUUACGCAAGAAUUCUUCGGACUUCGCACGGCGGCAAGGGCUUGGUACCCAGUCGGUGCUGCGUUUUGACUUCACCAGCGAGCAGGAGACCCAAGACUUGGCGGCUGAAGGCCUUUUCGAUUUGAUUUUGGCAUCUGAUGUGCUUUACGACCACCGCCUGGUGAAGCCGUUGUGUCGAGCGUUAGCUGCGCUGCUGAAGCGAACCGGCGAGGCGGCCCUCUCAGUGGAGUUGCGUCCGUGUGGAGUGGAUCUCCGGGCAGCGGUUGAGAUGGAAGCACAAAACCACGGGCUGAACGUGACGGAUGUCACAGACAUGCUGAAGAUUUGGGUGACGCCCAUGCCUCCAGAACUUCAAGUACCUCCACUGGAAGAAAGGCAUCGGAUGUUCGUGGCUAAGUGGGCUAAGGAUGGGGCAGCUGCUACACGCGAGAUCAAUGAGAAAAAGGUGAAGUCGCAACAGCCGUGGAAACAUGUUGGAGAAGAGGCGUGGUACAAGCGUUCGCUCCAGUUUUGGUCCAAGCAGGAGGCAUCCGAUGCUGGAGUCCUGGCUGGUCACGUGGAGACAUCUCCGCUGGACCUGCGUGAGUCUGCGGCGUUUUUUGGACCUGGUGGGUGA